UGAGGAGGUUGAGAAGCCAGCGGUAAUGGAGGAGCAAGGCGAUGCGAUAAGGAAAUGUGGCGAAGGACAGGACAAGGACAGGUGCCCCGCGAGUGCCCCAUGCAAGUCCCGUUCACCUGAUGGAGGCUGGGGUUGGAUGGUGGCCCUGGGUACUUUUAUUGUCAAUGCUCUGUUUUUCUCGUUACCCUACUGCUUCGGAAUCCUCUUCUCCGGAUUCCUGUUUGAGAAUGGCGCCUCCUCCACCACCACCGCCUGGAUCUACAACCUGUUCCUGUUGCUGUGGAACCUGUCCAUGAUCCUCGUCAACCCGCUGUGCCAGGAGUUCGGGACGCGCACUGUGGGCUUCACAUGUGUCCUGAUGGCGUCUCUCGGCAGUAUCCUAUCCGGCUAUGCGCCCUCCGUUUAUUUCCUGUACUUCUCCUUCUCCGUCUUAGGAGGCCUCAGCACCGGCCUCUCUCUGGGCAUCGCAUUCUCUGUCCUGCCGCCUUACUACGACAAGAACAGUGGUAAGGCCAACACCUUGCUGGUGGCCGGCGGCCCAAUGGCACAGGUAAUAUUUGCGCCCCUCCUUCGCUACCUGCUUGACUUUUAUGGUCUUCAGGGCGCGGCACUGAUCCACGGUGCCAUCAUACUCAACGGACUGGUGGCUGUGUCCCUUUUCCACCCCGUCAGAUGGCACCUCAAGCCCUGGUCACACGAGGCGCCGCAGACACAGCACGGCACACUGCAGACUCUCAUGCCUCGCGAUAAAGCUUCCUCGCCGGCGCCCAGCGUGACGCCUCGCAGCACCCAGGCGUCUGGUGCCUCCCAGCCGGCGCCGAGGAACCGCUCCGUGCAGAGGCUGAGAGGAUCCCUCUCCGGGAGCCUCUCGUCCAUGGCGUCAGGCGGGUCAGAGGUCUCCGCCGGACUGGCUUUCUUGGCAGACGAGGGAGAGGAGUCGACGCCAGGUGACAAGGCCCGGGGCAAGAAUGUGCUGUGCAGGACGCUGCUGCGUGUCGGGGAAAGGAUCAGGACAGACGUGGGUGUGCUGCGCCAGUGCAGGUGUGUCAUCCUGGCUGUCACGAUCACGCUGACACAGACAACCUUCCUCAACUUCAUCAUGAUGCUUCCCUUCGUGGCCAAGGCCGCCCACCACAGCCUGGAGGACGCCGCCCGCUGCAUAGCGCUGCUGGGCGUCACCAACCUUGUCACUCGCCUGGUGGUGUCCCCGCUGUCAGACUGCAGCAUGUUCAGCAUCCGCCUCUCCGUCAUGCUGGGCUACCUGCUCAGGGCGUCAGGCAUCGCAGUGGCUGUGUUGUCCAGCGAGCUGUGGCAGCUGAUGGCGGCUGGCGUGGUGUUCGGCCUGGGUCUGGGCUUCUCGCUCAGCAUGUUCAACCUCGCCAUCGUGCACUACAUGGGCCUGGACAACCUCAGACCCACCAUUGGCAUUGUGGGUCUGGCGGGCGCUGUCGGCUUCCCCACCCUGGGGCCGCUCAUAGGCUUGAUCCGGGACCUGACGAGCAGCUACUCCGUGAGCCUGUGUGUGCUGGUAGCCCUGGACCUGCUGAGCGCUGCCCUGUGGCUCCUCAUGCCCGCAGCACAGGCCAGGGACGCCAGGAGGGCGCUGCGCCAUGUGCUGUGACGCCCUCAGUCUGUGGAAGUCGCCGCCAGUCGCCACAGCUUGCCACGUCCUGCUCUUCACUCCGUAGCAGUGUAUGCAUUAUUGUUCACGUAUAUUCAGAUGUAUACUUUUAAGGUAAAUGAAUUAAUAAACAAGUAAAUAAAUAAAGAAA